CUAGCUUAAGCUAACUGAUGCUAAGUGAUGCUAAGUGAAGCUAACUGAAGCUAAGUGAUAACUGAAGCUAACUGAUGCUAAGUGAUGCUAAGUGAUGCUAAGUGAUGCUAACUGAUGCUAAGAGAAGCUAACUGAUGCUAAGUGAAGCUAACUGAAGCUAACUGUGUGCAGAGGUCUUCGGGGAGGCGCGGCGUGUGUUGGACAGCCAUAUCCUGAACUUCGGCUUCCUGUCCAGCAGAGAGGACUUCCUGCGGGUGUUGUGUGAGGCCGACGUGGUCGUCUCCACCGCCAAACACGAGUUCUUCGGAGUCGCCAUGUUGGAAGCGGUCCACUGUGGCUGCUAUCCUCUGUGUCCCAAGGCUUUAGUGUAUCCCGAAAUAUUCCCAGCAGAGUACCUGUACUCCACACCUGAGCAGCUGUGCAAACGGCUGCAGGACCUUUGCAGGAGGCCAGAGAUCGCCCGCAGACACGUUGUGAAGGUGGACGUGUCCCGCUUCUCCUGGGCGUCUCUGAAGGAGAGUUUUGAGACUCUGCUGACGGCCGACUGUCCCUAAACGCACCGGCUGUUCAUGAACGUACCGGCUGUUCCUGAAUGCACCGUUUGCUCUGAAGGAGGCGUUAUUAUGGAACCCACGCAACUUCUAGGAAGGACCCGCCCUUCAAUAGCAUUCACGCGCUGCUAUUGGCCAGGCGUCCAUGCUUUCGCUAGGUAACAUAACCUGAUUUGUUCAGGUCCUAACCCCAACCAAUCGGCUGCUUCGUGGGGCGGGACUUGCCUAGAACUUACGUGGGAUCCAUAACGCCUGAAGGAGUGUUGUGAGACU